AUGAGUAUUUCUUCAAGUCGUCAACAUGUUGUUGGUAUUUUGGUUGACAGACUGAGUUAUGAAGUGGGAGUUGUUCUUCAAGGUGCAUCAACAUCAACGUCUGCAGAUAAAUCGGAUCACUCUGAUGGUGAACAACCUUUGAAUACACAGCGUUCUGGGCUCAUGAAAUCUAUACUCAAUCUGCUUAAACGUCUUUGCUUGGAUUCAGAAUGGGGCGAAGUGUUGCACUCAGUUAUGGAUGAUAACCUUCCCAAUGUUUUACGUCAGAUUUUCCUUAAUGGUUCCAGUCAUUUUACUCCACAUCUAUCACUUUUUGCCAUGGAAACAAUUACUAACUAUUUGUACACCUACCCGUCGCGCAUAUCAGCUAUGCAGGAUAAAAAUAUUACAACAGAUAUUUUGAAAGCUCUAACAGAACAACCGUUGCCCCAAAAUCGUGAUUUCCUUGUACAAUUACCAGCUUUAUUAAAUACUUUGGCGUUGAAUUCUCGGGGUAUUGAAGCAAUUCUCUCCAGUGGUGUAAUUGGUCGUUAUCUGAACACUUUAGUUUCACCAGAAUAUUUAUCAACAAUGAAAACUAGACGUGUUCGUGACUUUAUGUCACAAAUACCAUUGGAUAUGCGUUGCAGUGUUGGACAGAAUUUAGCAAAUAAUUUGACAGCUGGUCAAAUGAGUAAUGCUGUUCACGAAUUACUACGAUCACAUUCAGAAUUGAAACCGGUUGUUUCUAAAUAUGCAAUUUCUUGUCUACGUCAUGUUGUGAAUCUUGGCCAAACACCAGCAAAAUUAAUAUCCGAAAAUAUGUCAUAUUUUCCUAGUCAUUCAAGCAUAAUGUCAGAUUCCACACGAAGUGGUGAUAGUUCCAGUUGGCCUAUGUCAACAACUGAUGCCAGUGAUGAACCAUCACAUUCUUCGGUACAGGUGGUACAGAGGUCUUCAGCGAGUACUAGUCAGCCUAGCACAGAUGCUACCUUAAGUUUGAGUAGUAGUGGUGUCCGACGUUCUCUUGCUGUCGCUGAAGAGGAUGCAGUUAUGCUAUCCGGCGGUGAAGAUGACGAUGAUGAUGAUGACGAUGACUACAACAGUGAUAGUGAUGUUAAUCAAGAUAGGCAAACGAAUACCCGUUCGGCUAAUGUACAAGCCGGAAAUACUGCCUCCGACACAGUGAUGAUACCCAUGGUUACUUUAGAAACAUCUGUUGAUUGUAGACGAAUGUCAGUCACAGAAGACAGCUCGAACAAAAAUCGUACCGAACAUCUCCCUGUAUCACCACCUAACAUGUUUUUAUCCGACUUUAUGCUAAAUAUGUGUAAAUUUCUUGAGAAGCCGUUAGUAUUUGUAUCACACACUACUCAGACAAUGUGUCCACAGUUUGUUAGUCAAGGUGGCCUACAAGUCCUCUGUGAUCUGCUGCGUAUGCCUGGCCUACCGUACGAUUUUCCAGUUUCUGCAACUUGUGUCUCGUUGUGUAAGAUUUUUGAAGAUCUUGCAAAUUCUGUAGAUGUAAAUGAGGUGACAAAACCGUUAUUUGAAUGUUUAGAGUCGUCAAUGGAGAAAUUGUGUUCACUACACACUUCGAAAUAUCCGAUGACUUCCAUACUUCUACGUGAAUACCUAUCUGGGGAACACGAAAUGCUGCACGAGUUGGUGGUAUUAGCUUCUGUAAUAUGCAUUCUCGUACAAAUGAUACAACAUAUCAAACCUGUGUUCCACACAUCGUUAGCUUCUGUAUGGUUACAACAGAAUUGUUUAUUCACAUUAGGGCACUUAUAUUUAGGAGUAUCUUGGGAAGCUGCCAUUCUUCUGAAAGUUCUCUUUGGUGAUAAAGAUAUUAAUGAAUCUGAUCUGUUGCCAAGUGAUACAAAAUCAUCCCAACUGUAUAAAUCUCAGCAUCACCCGAAUCCUAGUAUGUUAGGCAAACCACCCAUUGAACCAAUGCCUCGAUUUGUUGAAGCCUUGCAUAUGUAUUCACUAAUCAAACAGUCGGUUUUGCCUACUACCGACUAUCAGUCAGCCUUUAUAUACAGACAUCCAGACCUCGUCAAGCCGCUAAAUCGGAUAUUACACGUGACAGCGUUUCUUGUGAACUCUGUUACAGAAUUAUUCACCGCUUUAGGCAGAUUCUUUUCAAAUCGUCCACAAGUGAACUAUAGACGUCGGCGAACAUCACUAUUUACAAAUGAUUCAAUCCAUCCGGAGAUGAGAAUGCCUGCUUUAAUCGAAGUAGCCGAUAUUCUAUCGCAUGCAUACACUUGGGAACCAGCAUCAACAAGUCGUAGUCAUAAGGCAGCCGCAUCAUUAAAUUAUGCUAUACGUUAUGCAUCGAUUCAGUUGACGAAUCUAUUGUUACAUGAUUCUAGUCAAAGAGAUUCUGACUUGGGAAUGAUUAAUGCAUUCUAUAAGCUGAAUGGAAUAAAUUUGUAUUUUGGAUUAUUCCGUCAAUUGAUUAGUUUUGACUUGGAUGAUCCGUCAAUUCGAAAACCAUUGUCGAUGGUCUUAGAAGAAUGGCUUGUCUGUGCCGAUCAUAUGAGUAGUUCGAAAUUCUGUGGUGGAUUAAAUUCAGACGCUUCACGAGCAAAUGAUGUUGAUGCCAAUAAUGUGAAUGUGGCGAAGAUUACUACGCGUGUUCAUCAAUGCAUGCUACCGGCACUUGCACAGUUAUGCUCUCGUACAGAUCUACAGGAUUUACUCAGUCGAAAGGCUGUUGAACAUUUACUCAGUAUGUUGGUUACAGUAGUACCGUGUAUAUUUAACGAUAAGAAAGUUCCCAUGGAUGUUGAAUCGUCUCCCACCAGUGCUGUUCAUCCUUCUGAUUCGAACAACACUGACAACCGUAACCAGUCUGGCAAUCAACCACUAGCUAGUGUUCUUGAAGAUGAGAUGUCUUCCACACAACCUAUUCGGUCAUCUGAAACAACCGAUUCAGAGGCAAAUGUUCCAUCUAACAGGGGACAACGGUAUGAAUUACCCAUGGAUAUCUCAGAUGCAUCUUUACAGCAAUCUCCAACAUCUACUACGACUGGCCUUACUGCAAAUCCACUCGUUCUACCUCGUACUCUACGCCAAAGGCCAGGUCAGUCACAAGCAGCAAAUCAAAUAGCAGUUGCUUCGUCUGUAGAGUCUUCAACGGAUAAUGCUUCACAGGUGAUGGAUUCUCAAGAGUCAUAUCUAGCUGAUGGUGACGGUAAUAAUAUUGAUGGUGUUGAGGAGGGUGUACGCGAUCCUGAAGCUUUGCGUUUGAUGGAGGAAAUGGGAUUUGAUUAUGAUUUGGCUAUGGUUGCUUUGGAACAAACGGGAUGGAAUACAAACGAUGCGGUAAAUCUUAUGAUAGCGACUCCUCCAGAAGACCUAAUGCGCAAUGCUGUCGCACCUUUAACUGCUGGUUUGAGAAGAGUUCGACCGCCUCGUAGAAGUCAACGACAUCGGAUAGGUGGUGGUGGCACAUCAGGGGAAAUUGGUGUUGGGAGUCAGUCCACUUCAUCGGAGACCAAUAUGGAUACUGCAGGAAUUCAGCCUAGCGUGUAUGAACAUCUAACCGAAUUUAUUGACAAUCUAACUACCAUUGAUCAAUUGGAAACACUCAUAAAUACAGACGAUCCUGCUAUCACGGGUAGUGAAGUUACCUUGCCUACAAAUAAUAGUCUCAACUUGAAAGAUUUAAAGCGACCUUCUGCCUAUAAAUUUCCCCUUGUUAUGCUUGAACCGUUUAACGAAAAGGUGUACAAUGAAGCUCGAGAAUCAUUGAAACAAAAUGUUUUCAAAACUUGUUAUGCUAUAGCUAAACGUCAUCAUUCAGAUCAGAUUCUACAUCAAAUCGCUGAAUUAUUCUUAUCCAGUGGUGAACAUGAACGAUAUAUUAAUGAAUUAUUUGCAGUUGUUAUUUCUAGUCUCACAUCAUAUCUGCGUAUUUCACCUAAUACAAUAACAACAACUGCUGUGAAAAACAGUAAAACAUCUGAUUUGGUGUUGUUAAACACUGAGCAUCCAGAAUUGGUUAAUCGUGAAUCUGAUCACCAGACUGUUGGAUUACACUUACUUGUGCUGUUAUUCACUCGAUGUCCAUCAAUCUGUGCUUCUUUAGCCUGGAGUUAUAAACUACCCAGUAUACUAAUAGAGUUUAUUUGUCAAUCUGAAGUGAUUAGUAAACCGAUUGUCGGCGUCAGCGACCAUAUUAGUGCAGGACAUGGCAUGUGCGUUGAGAUGAAUGAUGGUGAACGUGGCGUCUCUCAAAAUGUGUCUUCUGUUUCAUCAUCAUCAUCAAAAACCGACUAUUAUAAAACGUUAACUUUAGCUUUUCUUAUAUUGGAUCAGUAUGAAAAAAGUAUUCAGGCUAUGCGUCUACGUCAGGAAAGCGUUAAACUAUACGCUUCUUCGCAUAAUUGGUAUUGGUUUGAUAAUCAAGCAGUACUUUGGCAUCCUUAUGCUAAUGAAAGUAUGCGAGCUAUCGAUAAACGUUUUCAUAGAGGUGAUUUGUUUGCCGCUUAUGAUGUUAAUCGAAGACCGUAUAUUGUUGAAUUUCCAACAAUGACACAACUCAAUCUUCUCAGCAUACAUAGACGACCAGUUCUACUCUUCCCAUCUUCUGCAAAGGAUACAGAGACGAAUACGGAGGCUUCAAUGGAUCAGAUGUCCUCCUAUGAACUUAGCCUGAUGAACACAGAAGUACCGGAAUGUUUAAAUCCUGUAGAACGUUCAAAAUUAUGCCAAGCUUUAAUACAACAUUUACGUGCAUUAAAGAGAACAUCAUCUGUGACUACACAAUCAAAUGCCGCAUCGUUGUCAUCGUCGUCCACUGAUACUAAUCUACUCAAAUCAUCUGAUCAUCAAACACCUCUUCCAUCGGAUUGUUUAAAUGCUAUGUUCAGAUUGCUGUUACGCCUGUGCUUUACAAGUUAUGAAAACGCCAGGGAAUUAGCUGAAUCUGACUUCUUAACAGUAUUAUUCACCUAUCCGCAUGCUAAGGAGUUUUCAGCUGAUUAUUCAGCAUUUGUUGGUGCUCUUAUAUCUGAAGUAUUUGAUGAUGCCGCCACUUCUGAGAGAAUAAUGAAAGAAAUUUUGACUAAAAUGUCAAAGUAUGGCAUACCUAGUGCUUUCAUGGGAAUCGAAGCUGGUCCAAGAUCAUGUCGUGAUUUGUUUUACCUGUUGAAUAUGUGCUCACCAUUGUUUGCAAAGGAUCGUCAACGUGCUAUGAAAUUAACGUCAGAAACAUUUAGUCUAUCUAUACCUAAAACAGAUUUAGAAACUAAAUCCUACCCAAAAACAUACACUGUCGAAGAAGCUGGUCAUACUUCGGAACGAGCUACACUAUUACCACUUACUAGUCGACAAAAACACUUGCUAACACAAUUAAUGGAUUUGAUAAUGUCUCCACCAGCGUUGAAAGUAAAAGGAGAUUAUCGGUCGUCGUCGUCGUCGUCUACUACAACUGGAAUAGGAACAUAUCUUGAAGACACAAAUGCGCGUGGUGAUGAUACGUUCAUUUCUAUGACGGCUACACUCGAUCCUACAUUGAUAAACACAAUGUCUCCUGCUUCUAGUACGACAACAGUUAAUUGGGGUAGCUCUAGUACUGCUACUACUACUACUACUACUACAAAUACUACAACUGGUCAGUCGUCAACUGGUACCUAUGGUCGUCAACAUCCAGGGUUAACAAUCAGCACAACAACUACUAAUCAUCCACAACAAUCAUCUAUGCCUUGUUGUAGUAGUAGUAGUAGUGAUGCUAAUAAACAACAAAAGACUGGUUUAAUUGUUCUUGGCAAAUUAGAUGCCUUGCGCUACCUAAUUGAUUUAGUUGGUACUUAUAAAUCUGUUGCUGAAUUUAUUGCAAUGUACAAACAAAAACACACCGAACCCAGUGUUGUUGCUGCUGGCAAGUCAACCACUGACACCGCAUCCUCGUCAUCAUCGUCGGCCUCCUCUCCAAGAUGUUCUUUCCUAUCCCAUUUAUUCAGUUAUGAAUUAACUGAUGCCAACACUAAUGAAGUUACAAUGUCAUUAUUAGAAAAUUUACUUAUCAUUAGUAGUGAAUCUAUUCAACGUUUAAUAAUUAAUGAAUUCAAAGCCUCGUUGAAUCGUAUCAGUGUUAAAUCUUCAUCCUAUGCAGAUGAUAACAAAUCAGACAGCGUAGCAUCAUUAUCAUCAUCAUCACCAUCGUUAAAAAAUGAACGUAUCAGUUCACAUAUGAUGUUUUUAAUUCGUAUACUCGCUUUACCAAAACCACUAGUUAUGCCUAUACUACGCUUAUUGUAUAAACGUAGAAUUUCAGCAGAUAUUGCCAGAUUAUACGCUAUCAUUGGAUGUAAUCUAGCUAAUACACAAUCGACAAUCAACUAUAUGCUACGGGCUUUAGAAAAUUUUACACUAGUCCAUCGUGAAUAUAGUAAAUUGUUGUAUGCACAGUCGAAACAACGACCAGAAGCAGGAGGAGUUGCAGCAGUAGGGAAUCAUAAUUCUGUUGGUGGCGGUGGUGGUCGACAACAACAACAACAAGUGAACACAUCUACGAAUUCAUCAUCUGCUCAUGAUAAUGUUCAGCAUAGUAGUAGUAUUAUAGUUCAUGGAUCAUCAUCAAUAAAUAGGCAAAGGAUUGAUGCAUCAAUUAGUAGUGUUCCUGGUGGUGGUAGUAGUAAUCAUAAUACUUCCAGAGAUUUUGAAACUGAUUCUGAUGAUGAAGAUGAUGAAGAUCAAGAGGAUAAUGAUAUAAGUAUGUUAGAUCAUCAUCAAGAAGAAGAAUUUUCACAUCCAGUACAGAAUGUUGAAACAGCGUUUAGUGGUGGGGGUGGGGGUGCUGUUGGUGGUGACGGGGGUGGUGCUUCUUCUUCAUCGCCUGCUUCCAAUCUUAGUCGUGUUCUUAGUGAUGUAUUGGCUGCUCAAGCUGAUAUGGUGGUAAUUGCUACAGAUCAUCAUCAUCGCCAUCACCAUCAUCAUCACGGUGGAAAUAAUAAUAUUCGUCAACCUUGGCGGCGUCGUGUUUCAAACGCCUCAGAUCCUGAGGCUAGAUCGUUAAUAUUUGUCUAUGAUGAUGAUGAAGAAGAAGAAGACGACGAAGGCAGUUCUGGCCAAGGCGUUGAAGGCAAUAAUACUCAAGAUGAUGAUGAUGAAGAAGAGGAGGAGGAGGAGGAGGAAGACGAUGUUUUGGAGAUAGAAGAAGAAGACGAGGAGGAGGAGGAGAAUGAAGAUGACGAACAUGAUGACGACGAUGACGAAGAGGAUGAGGAAGAAGAUGAUGAUCCUGAGGUAAUAGGCGAUGAUGUCGAUUUAGAUGUUAGCGGUGAAGAUGACGAGGAGGUUUCGUUUGUGCUCAGCAGAAAUCGUAGGCCUACGACUAAUCGAGUUCGACCUUCUGGUUUGUCUAGUCCUCGUCGACGUCGUCGUCAUCGUCCUCAUCGAAUAGAUUCUACUUCUAUUUCUUUGACUGUUACAACAAGUCGACCUAAUAAUCAAAAUCUUGAAUCUCAAAAUAAUGAUGAUGAUAAUGGAGAUAUGCUGCAUGAGGAAACCGGCAAUAUUGUACUUCAUGACGAUACUCAUGUUGUGGACGCUAGAAGCUACGCAGGGAUAGAUAUUGAUGACUAUUCAGAAGCACUUCACGACACGAUUAGAGAAGAUGUGGCCAUCAUUUUGCCUGAGGUACGUAAUACUAUUUUCUAUCCUGAGAAUCGUGGAUCACGUGGCAGUCAUUCGGCGUCAACUGUUGUGGAACAAGCUCUCCGUCGAUUUGUCGGUCCCACUCUGAGUGCUAUAACAACUAAUAGCCUUAGAGACAUUGGAACAAAUAGUUUAUCUACUAUUAACCAGCCUAGAGGUGGUAAUUCAGGCAAUUGGGAUCUGCUUUUCCCAAGUUUUACUAAUUUUAUUGCCGGUGGUGAUGGUCCUAGACGUAGUGCCGUGGACACUACUAAUAGUGGAUUAUCAGGUACUACUGUUUUCCGUAUCAAUCCUGGUGGCAAUGCAGCUUCUUCUAUGAAUAAUCAGAUGCCUCAAUCGCCUCAGACAUUGCCAACUGCUACAAUAGCUAAUCAACAUCCUUUGCUUCAGGUACCUACUUCUAGUACUAGCUCUUAUUCUGCUCCUUCAACGCAUACUGUGAAUAUUGGAGGAUCUAGUCGUAAUUCAGGUUCUAAUGGUUUACGUUUAACUAGCCGGCCGAUAGUGACCAAUACCAUGUCAACUGCAAAUCGCGUACUGGCACACUUACCACCAAUACCUCAACAACAUGUUCCACCUCAUUAUGGUACCCGUCAUCGGAUAACUGCGCUUCACCCUUCUUCCAGUAUCGAUGGGUGGCGUUAUCACUCCAUAAUGAAUCGAUUGUAUAGUACAGAAUCUGAUGCUGCAGAUCAUGCAACCUCAUCUGGAUCUAACAGUCACUCUCGUAAUCCAGCUACCAGUGAUGCUCGAGAUAAUCGUUAUGGAACUGAAGCUAAUGAACUUGUAUGGUCAAUGUUAUCAAAUCUUGCAGAAGAUCAACCUUCACCUGCUAAUUCUGCUCUAGCUGCAGCUAUCUUUUCUAGAUUUUUUUCACCACUCAAUAGAAUUCAACAGGGAGCGAUGGAUAUUAAUUCUAGGGGAUUAAUCAUGCCCAACUGA